AGCUGUAGCUGGUUAGUGCAUUUCUGCAUGUGAUAGUAAGACACAGCAGCUUCAAACACACUACUAUCCCUUUUUCUGGAAUAGAAUACACUGGAACUUCAGUUAUGUUUCUUAGAGAGAUUUAAUUGGAUUGAUUUUUUUAUUCUAUUAAAUCUGCAGGAAGACGACCAAUUUCUUAAUACAGUUUGGAUCUAACAGAGCAAGAAAAAAAAAGUUUUCACUAGAACUACAGAUUAACAAUAACACUGGUAACACAAAGAAGAAAAAAAACAAGUUGACUUCUGGAUUUUCAAUCUACUGUAGAAGCAAAAAGCAGCAGCAAAAUUUGUUUUUGCCACCACAUUCAUCUUAAAAUGAAGAUAUCUACAUGGACUUUGGGUGUGCUAUUAUUCCUACUACUGUCUACAGGACACUGCACAGAAAAGUCUGAACUCAGUAAAAUAUCCCCGAAGAGGCACCCUCGUUCAACAGACGGUGGAGAGGAAGGAAAAAAAUGUGGUUAUACGUUCUUGGUUCCUGAACAAAAAAUAACAGGGCCAAUCUGUGUAAACACCAAAGGACUAGGAGCAGAUAAUAGAAAAAAUGAAAUCACAAGGAUGGACAUAGAGAACCUGAAGGAAGUACUGUCCAAACAGAAGCGGGAGAUUGAUAUCUUGCAGCUAGUGGUGGACGUGGAUGGAAAUAUUGUGAAUGAGGUAAAACUGCUGAGAAAAGAAAGUCGUAACAUGAACUCCCGAGUCACUCAGCUCUACAUGCAGCUCUUGCAUGAGAUAAUCCGAAAGCGUGAUAAUUCACUUGAGCUUUCCCAACUGGAAAACAAAAUCCUCAAUGUUACAACAGAAAUGUUGAAGAUGGCAACACGGUACAGGGAGCUUGAAAUAAAAUAUGCAGCACUAACUGAUCUUGUAAAUAAUCAGUCUGUGAUUAUCUCUUUACUGGAAGAGCAGUGCUUGCAGAUACUGUCACGACAGGACACAGACGGAUCUCCUCCUCUUGUUCAGGUGGUGCCACAGCACAUUCCUAACAGACAGCACUAUACUCCCAGCCUUUUGGGAGGUAAUGAGAUACAGAGGGACCCAAGUUAUCCUAGAGACAGAGACAUAAGGCCACCACCUGAUCCAGCUACUUCCCCCACAAAAAGUCCCUUCAGGAUACCACCGCUAACUUUAAUCAAUGAAGGUCCUUUCAAGGACUGUCAACAAGCCAAAGAAGCUGGGCAUUCCAACAGUGGAAUUUAUAUGAUCAAACCUGAAAACAGCAAUGAACCAGUACAGUUAUGGUGUGAGAACAGUCUGGACCCUGGAGGCUGGGCAGUUAUUCAGAAAAGGACAGAUGGAUCUGUCAAUUUCUUCAGGAAUUGGGACAGUUACAAGAAAGGAUUUGGCAAUGUUGAUGGAGAGUACUGGCUGGGACUAGAAAAUAUUUACAUGCUUACCAAUCAGGACAAUUAUAGGCUACUGAUUGAACUAGAAGAUUGGAGUAAUAAGAAAGUCUAUGCAGAAUACAGCAGUUUUCGCCUGGAGCCUGAAAGUGAAUUCUAUAGGCUGCGUCUGGGAACUUACCAGGGAAAUGCAGGGGAUUCCAUGAUAUGGCACAAUGGAAAACAAUUUACAACACUGGACAGAGAUAGAGAUACAUACACAGGAAAUUGUGCCCAUUUUCACAAAGGAGGCUGGUGGUACAAUGCUUGCGCACAUUCUAACCUUAACGGAGUGUGGUACAGAGGAGGCCAUUACAGAAGCAAAUAUCAGGAUGGGAUUUUUUGGGCUGAGUACAGAGGAGGUUCAUAUUCCCUGAAAGCAGUUCAGAUGAUGAUCAGACCCAUUGAUUGAAAAAAAAACCAAAAACCAUACCCUACUAUCUCAAGUGAUCAAAUAUAAAACUUUUCAGUGCUUGAGCUCCAGGGGGAAAAAAAAAAAGUUACAUUUAAACUCUUAUUUUGCGCAAUUUAGCCCUGCAAAAUGCAGUGCUACAAGUGUUUUGGGUUUUUGUUUUUUAAACUCUCACUGAUACAGUAUGUGUUAAACAUAAAACUUCUAAUAAUUCACAAAACACACAAGGGUUUAAACAUUUGUAAUAAAUAUUUAUCUUCAUUAAAGUCCUACACAUUUUUCAUUAAUUGCAGCCAUUAAAAUAGCUCUUAGGUUACAGUACAAGUUUCUCCAGAUCAGUUCAACCUUUAAAUGUAAAUAUGUAAAACAACUAUUUGUCUUAUUUUAAUGUAAAAAUUAAUUCAUUUUCAGUUAUUUAAUAGUUUUUAAAAAACUCAUUAUAAGAUUACUUUCAAUGUAUAUCUGAUCUUACAUUAUUG